GCCCGGGAUUACACGUUUAACGCCAUGUUAAUACGAUGGGUUUAGGACAUCCGCACUGUCAACACCGCGCUGGAAUUAGCUCGACACAGGCAAUGUCAGUAAUAUGCGUUUAGAUUAUGAGUAAGGUCUCUCAACAACGAGUUUCUACAUUACAACAAUCACAGGCCAGUCUUUCCAUCUGGGGAUGGGGGGGUCUUGGAGUUGUGCUCUUCCUUGUCACCUUUGGACCCUUUGCCAUAUUCUACCUGGCCUUUUAUAUCUUCUGCUUCAUUGGAGGGGGCUUUGCGGUCACUUUGCUGUAUGGAAAGAUCAAUUCCGAGAAACACCUGGAAAAGUGCGAGCACUCGUAUUUGCCACCAACGCAAAUUGGUAUACUGAAGACGUUGGAUGAGAUGAAGUUGGAGAUGAAGCCCAUAAAGAUUGACAGGAGGCUGACGGGCUCCAGUUUUAUAGAUGAACCACUACAGCAGGUGAUCCAGUUUGCGUUGAGAGACUACAUCCAGUACUGGUACUACACUCUGAGCGAAGAUGAGUCAUUCUUGUUGGAAAUCAGACAGACGCUGCAGAACGCCCUCGUCCAGUUUUCCACACAGUCCAAAGAGGUGGACUGGCAGCCUUACUUCACCACUCGCCUGGUGGACGACUUUGCCACCCAUUUACGUGUCUUCAGAAAAGCCCAGGAUCGCCUCGGCGACAGGGAGGACAAGCAAAGGGACAUAACGGAGGAGCUGGUGGACUCAUUCUUCGAAGCCGAGGUGGAGAUGGAGAGGAAGAUUUGUCGAGACGUAGUGUGUACUUCGCACAAAGACGAAGAGGGUUUUCUUCGGGACUUGUGUGAGCUGCUUCUGUAUUUGUUACUACCUCCUGGAGAUUUCCACAACAAGAACAUGAGAUAUUUCCUCAGGGAGGUCCUUGCUCGUGGCGUGCUGCUUCCUCUCAUCAACCAGCUGAGCGAUCCCGACUACAUCAACCAGUUCGUCAUCUGGAUGAUCCGGGACUCGAGCUGCAACUACGAAGCCUUCAUGAACAUCCUGAAGUUAACCGACAAGCCCGCCGAGCUGGAGUCCGUCAAAGACAAGGUGCUGGAGGAGCUGCAGUAUCUGCGCUCUCUGGACACGGCCGGAGACGACAUCAAUGUGAUCAAGAACCAGAUCAACAGUCUUUUGUUUGUGAAGAAGGUGUGUGAGACCAGGAUACAGAGGCUGCACUCUGGGAAGGAGGUCGAUGCCUUGAAACUGGCCGCCAAUUUCGGCAAGCUGUGCGUCAUCCCGCUGGAUCACAUCCUGGUCCACAACAUCGCCCUGCAGUUCUUCAUGGACUUCAUGCAGGCGGCGGGGGCCCAGGCGGAGCUGUUCUUCUGGCUCACCGUGGAGGGCUACAGGGUGACGGCGCAGCAGCAGCUGGAGGCCAUGCAGAGCUGGCAGAAGGACGGCAAGAAGCAGCCGAACGCCACCAAGGGGCUGCUGAAGGCCGCCGCGCUGGGCGUCUUCGAGCAGUACCUGUCUGACAAGGCUUCGCCCAGGGUGCAGGUGGACGAGGCGUUGGUCGUGAAGCUGGGAGAGAAGCUGCAGAAGGACGACCCCACGCCAGAGAUCUUCGAUGACAUCCAGAAAAUGGUGUACGACAUGAUGCUGCGCGACGAGCGCUUCUACCCGUCCUUCAAGCAGAGUCCGCUCUACGUGCGCAUGCUGGCCGAGCUGGACAUGCUGAAAGAGCCGAGCUACCGAGGGUCCGAUGACGGCGAUGGGGAGUCCUUCAACGGCUCUCCCACAGGAAGCAUUAAUCUCUCUUUGGACGACUUGUCCAACUCCUGCCAUGACGAAUCUAUGCACCUACAUGCCUUCAUCUCCGACACAGGGGUUUGCAACGACCACGGUAAGACCUACGCGCUGUACGCCAUCACUGUGUUCAGACGCAAUCAAGACGGCAGCGAAGACUGCUGGAAGACGUACCGCCGCUACUCGGACUUCCACGACUUCCACAUGAGAAUCACUGAGCAGUUUGAAAACCUGGCGUCAAUCCUCAAGCUGCCAGGAAAGAAAACCUUCAACAACAUGGACAGAGAUUUCCUGGAGAAGAGAAAAAAAGACCUCAACGCUUACCUUCAGUUGCUGCUGAACCCCGAGAUGGUGAAGGCCUGUCCGACCCUGAUCCCCUACGUCUACGACUUCCUGGAGAACAAAGCCUACAGCAAGGGCAAAGGAGAGUUUGCACGGAAGAUAGACACGUUUGUGAAUCCUCUGCGGAGCUCCAUGAGGAACAUGUCCAACGCAGUCAAAGCUCUGCCGGACAGCCUGGCUGAAGGAAUGACCAAAGUCUCCGACAACAUGGGCCGCAUGUCAGAACGGCUUGGUCAGGACAUCAAGCAGUCCAUACUGAAGGUGCCUCCGCUUUUGCCUAAGACCGACAUCGACCCCGAACACUGCCGGGUCUCCGCACAGCUGGAUGACAAUGUGGACGACAACAUCCCGCUCCGCGUGAUGCUGCUGCUGAUGGACGAGGUGUUCGACCUGAAGGAGAAGAACCAGUGGCUCCGGAGGAACAUCAAGAACCUGCUGCAGCAGCUCAUCAGGGCCACGUACGGAGACACCAUCAACAGGAAAAUCGUGGAUCACGUGGACUACCUGACGUCGCCGGAGCAGGUGGCAGACUACGUGAAGAAGUUCAGAGAUUCCUAUUGGCCCAACGGGAUUCUGGCCGAGACGCCGCCUCGCCGGGACAAGAGCAUCCGCAUGAGGACACGGGUGGCUGCCAAGACCAGCUUGCUGGGCAUCAUGCCAGACGAGCUGAAGCACAUCAUCGGAGCGGACACGACGAGGAAGGGCAUCCUGCGCGUCUUCGACAUGUUCCAGUACCAACCGAUGAACCGGCGCCUGGUCUACGUUUUCCUGGAGGGCUUCCUGGAGACCAUGUUCCCUCAGUACAAAUUCCCGGAGCUCUUCGUGAAGCUCCACUCCCGCUCGACGCGCAUCCAGAGAUACAGCCAGAAACUCAAGUCCUCCUCUCUGAAGAGGUGACAGGAGAGGACGGAGGCAGCAGGACUCGGCAGCAGGACUCGGGCCCUCGAGACACGCAGAGACCUGAGAGCCGAGGGCGGAGGGGAGUGUGUGUGUGUGUGUGUGUGCUUGUCCAUUUCUGUCCAUCCUUUACCCUCGUAAGUGAAAACACUCCAGUUAUUCAGAACAGAAGGAUGAACAAUAAACACUGGGCUCUGCGCUUGCUGUUUUCCACACACACACACACACACACACACACACACACACACUCACACACACACACGAAACAUGAAUCUAAUUUGCACCAAGACUGAUCACAGCAGUCUUUUCUUUUAGUCCACCCACUACACCCUGCCUCCUUCCCCUCCCCUGGUUUUGUUUGGUCUGUCUCGGUCCAGCCGAUGCUGCUGUGUCUGGCGGCUGCUCGAUGGCGCCGCGGACGCCGUCUUGUUUUUAAACUGCAGGACUCGAUAGAAUAGACCCACACCUUGCCUUACCUCCCCGCUUAUGUCUCCAGGCCGCCACGGUCCACCACCUCAGUGACCCCCCCCCCCGCAGAUCAAGCCCGGCUUCCCCUCACGCUGCUCUUCAGACGCAAAAAAAAAAGCAGCUUCUUACCGUGUGAAUCAUCUUCCUGGUAUCAUAGCAACUAAAACUGUCAAUAGCACUGGGCUACAGAGGCGCUGUUUUUAAAAUGUGACUGAACAAACAUUGAAAGAAUGACUUUUAUUUUUUACUCUUUAUUUUUGGCAUCGAUUUUUUUUUUUUUUUUUUUUUCGUCCCUAGCUUCUUUCCAGAUAAGAUUCUAUUUUUUUUCUUACUGAAGUGUUAUCAUCAUAUCUACCACCUUUCAGCAGCGGCCUGCGUCCCUCCGCAGGUCUGCUGUCAUAUCACCUGUGAUGACCAAAGCUCAUGCUGAUCGUGUGUCUGCGUGCAUGCGUGCGUGCGUGCGUGUGUGUGUGUGAGUGUGUGUUUGUGUGUGUGUGGGCUGGUUGUUGCUGUGCUUCAUGCCGCUGAUCAUGUGAAGAAAAACAAAAAGGCGGCGUCGACCUUUAACGGCCUAAAAGGCGAGGCCGUGGCGACACACGGAGACGUGUCGGCUGUCCAAACACACUAUCGAAGAAUGUACUCCCUGCUCUGCUCUGUCUGCGGCUCCUGUAGGAUUUUUGUGUGAAUGCGUGUGUGUGAGUGCGUGUGUGUGUAGCACGAGGAGGCGUCCCUCUUCAGUCAGAAACUGUGCCAGUGUGAGCUAGUGAACCAGCCUUAAACCUACAUCCAGUAUAUACUGACCAAGACAUGCACGCUACAGGUAGCUCUCCUCCACACGACUGAACUUUACAAGGAAAUCAGGAUGGAGAUGUGUCCCCAAUCACUUUUUUUUCUUCUUAGAAAAUGUCUUUAAUUUGGUGCAAUAUAUUAUUUUUUUAAUGCAUGUGCAUUAAACUGAAUCAUUGUAUACUGCAUCUAGUCAUUUGUUAUUGUUUUAACAGUAGAGAGCGUAGAAGCCGUUUCCCCGUCAACCCACAACAACCUGACAUUCCGUUGUUGUAAAAGUACAAUGUUUAUUUUACAGACUUGUUUUAUAAGUCUCACGGUUUGUUUUUUGUUACAGGUGUGUUUCGGGGGGGGGUACUUUACACUCAUCUCCUGCGCACUCUUUGUUAUGCACAAUGAUUCAGCAGUGAUUUUAUUUUUCUUUUCUUUUAGCUCACUGGGCUAUGACUAGCCGAGAGGCGGCCUCGAACAACUACUUUGUUUUUAACUCAUGAGUGGCGUUGUAUGCAUUCAUACUGACUUUA